GCCUGUGCGUGUAAUGGAGUCUCACUUAGUGAGCGGCCAUUGAGGGGAGAGGGAGCCCUGUAGUGACGGGGUCAGGGGUCCCGUGACGGAGCGCAAUUUAUCGCCUGAAAUUUUUUUGGUUGUUUUAUCGCGUUAUUCGCUUUCAGUUCGCCCUCCUUCGUUUUAAACUUUUCUACGUGAGUCCCGUCUGCCCAGGAGGUUGGCCCGGGAAAUGGAGAUGAAGAAGCGCAUCAACCUGGAGUUGAGGAACAGGUCCCCAGGCGAGGUGACGGAGUUGGUUUUAGACAGCAGUCGGUCAAGCGUUGGUGAAAUAGAAGGCCUGAGCGAAGCCUUUGUAGAGCUGGAAUUUCUUAGCAUGGCCAAUGUGGAACUGACCUCUCUGGCAAAACUUCCCAAGUUGCCUAAACUCCGAAAGUUGGAGCUCAGCGAUAACAGCAUCUCGGAGGGACUGGAUGUGUUAGCAGAAAGGUGUCCCAGUCUUACUUACCUCAACCUGAGUGGAAACAAAAUUAAGGAUCUGACCACGGUGGAAUCCCUAAAAAACUUAAAAAAUCUAAAGAGUUUGGACCUCUUCAACUGUGAGAUCACAAAUCUAGAAGAUUACAGAGAAAAUAUAUUUCAGCGGCUUCCACAGAUCACCUAUUUGGAUGGAUUUGAUCAGGAAGAUAAUGAAGCCCCAGACUCAGAAGAAGAGGAUGAUGAAGAGUGUGAGGACUAUGAUGAUGAUGAAGCAGACCCUCCUGGGGAAUAUGAGGAGGAGGAAGAUGAUGGUGAAUCUGACUUGGGGGAAGAGGAAGAGGAGGAGGUCGGCCUAUCCUACCUAAUGAAAGAAGAGAUUCAUGAUGAAGAAGAUGAUGAUGAUUAUGUUGAGGAUGGUGCUGAAGGGGAGGAGGAAGAGGAGGAAGAAGAUGACGAAGAAGAAGAGGGGGCAGCUGAUCGGGGGGAGAAAAGGAAACGAGAUCCAGAAGACGAAGGGGAAGAGGAUGAAGAUUAAACGAGUUGUGUGUGAAAUGCUAGGACCAGUCCCUUUUCUGAGCCCUGGGGUUGAUGCUAGGAUAAAGCAGAUCUGUCUGUCUUUACAUGUACAAUAGAUGUCCCUACAGAAUUUAACAUGUAACUUUUUAUAGCAAAGGUGUGGUUUUACAUUAUUUUGUGCCCUUUUUAUCAUUCCAAAUACUACUUAAGAUCCUAUUAGUAAACUUUAUAGAAACUUU